UAUAAUAUAAAAGGAUCCGAACAAGGUGUUAGCGAAGAUAUUGAUGCGCUGAAACUAGAGUGAACAGGGAAAAUUAUGUUAAGUAUAUGAGAAGAGAAGCAAGCAUAUGACCCGGUCCAUUUAUAGUAAUAGUAUCCGAGCCCGUCCAAAAUCUUUCCAACAAUAGAGAGUAGAGUCUUUCUUUGUAGAUCCGAAUAAGAAAGAGAAGCAGAAGAAAAAUUAUAGGUGUGGAAGGACUCCUUCAAUUCAAUUUCAUCAUAGACUAUAUAAAAGAAAACUCUUUGACUAACCUAUUACUUUCCCUUUUUCCCAUUUCUUGGAACUACAAGCUUCUGUACUUUCAGUUGACUUCAGAAAAAAAUAGAUCAAUGAUUGUCAGCCUAUCUGGUGCCAUAUGUGAGGCACAUGGCAAUGGUAAUGCAAAGGUAGUAAAACUCACCAUGUACAAGCAGUCACCUAGUAGGAACCAUAGAUCCAAAGGUGUCAAGGUUAAGAAUGUUUUACAAAUCUGUCUGUUGCUUGCUGUUUGCUUUUGGCUGAUUUACCAGGUCAAGCACUCCCAUGAUAAAAAGAAAGAAUUUGAUGAAGAUGAUGCCAAGUCUUCAAUUAAGACUGAAAGUAGCAAUGUACAUAUGAAACUCGGAAGGAAAGAUCUCCUACCCCGGAUUGAGAAAUUGGAUGCGGUUAAGGAGAAGCAUAGAGAGGAACCAGAAGAUGAAAUAGUGGAAGAAGAAGAAGGGAAUAAGCCUGAGGAAGAAGAUCUAGAAGAAAACAAUAAUAAAGAGAAGAAUGAUGAACACAGAGAAGAUGUAGAAGAUGAGGUUGAUGAUCAUGAUCAAGAGAAGAAUGAUGAACACAGAGAAGAUCGAGAAGAUGAGGUCGAUGAUCAUGAUCAAGAGAAGUAUGAUGAACACAGAGAAGAUGGAGAAGAUGAAGUCGAUGAUCAUGAUCAUGAGAAGUCUGAUGUAGAGCGUGAUCAAGAAGAGGAUGCUGUUGACGAAGACAAGGAACGGGGAGAAGAUAACGAGAAGGAAACUGAAGAGAGAGAUUCUGAAGUGAAUGAUAGUCAGGUGGAGGAAGAGAAUUCAUUGGAGGACCAUGAUCACGACGAGGACUCAAAUGGUUCACAUGAGGCACGUGAAGAACAUUAUAAAGCAGAUGAUGCUUCAAGUGCAGUGACUCAUGAUACAGUUGUAACUACAACUGAAAAUGAGAGUGGUAAGUUAGAGCAAGAAGCAGAACAUGUUGCUGAAGCCAAGAGUGAAGUUGGUGUUAAUAACAUUAUGCAGAUCAAUGCCAGCCAAAAUACAACAGUGGGUUUGAAUGUGGAAGAUGGUAAAGCAGAUGGAGAAGACAGUCCUCCAAACACAACAAACAGUGAAGAGAAGCAUGAUGACCCAAUCUCAUCCACUGCUGCAGAUACUUCAGUUUCAAAUUCCACAAGAACAGAAGGAUUGACUGAUAAUUCUGAAUCGAGAAACCACUCAACAGAACUGGAUACACAGACGCAUGACUUAUUUCUACAGAAUGGAACCCAGGCAGUUAACCAAGAAUAUAAUGCUACAGUAGGGGAUACAACGUCUGGAGGUUCCAACCUGUCAAUUAGUUCUUCACAGCAAAACAGCAACUCUGCAGAUACGAUGGAUGAUAAUCAAAUUGAUUCUAAUUUAAGAUUUUAUUCUAAAAACGACGAGUUAGACUCAAUCCCAGUCGAUUCCUCGAAUGUGUCUGGUGAUACGGAGCCUUCCUUAGCAGAAAAAGUCAUCCACGGGAAUGCAACUGUUGAAGCAGUAGAUAAUGUGGAGUUGCCUUUGAAAGAUAACAAUGCAACUGAGGUUGAGAAGGUAGAAACGAGCAGUGAAGAACUCGGAACUACUGAUGAAGGCGGGGAUGCAUCAAUUGCUGAGAAUUUGGGAGAAGUUCAAGAUGAUCUGAUUGAUACUUCUGAUUCGGCCACCCACUUGGAAGAGAAACAUAUCCGCACAGAUGUGGAAACUCUUCCUGAAAUACAAACUGAAGGAAGCAUGGAAGAUGCUGCAGCGGAAUGAUAACUGUACAAUUAGAUCAGUAGUGUGUUUAGUUUUCGUGAUGAGUUUUUCACACUUCCGUUUACUUUUCAGUUUCACAAAUGUGCGAAAUUCAUAAGCUGUAGACCAUAUUGAUGUUGCAGGCAUAAUAUAGGCAAGAGUGAAGGGUUCCAACUUGUAUAAUCGUUUCUAGCCUCUUUAGCACCAGAGUGUCUUCCAUUUCACUUAUAAUCUGUUUUUUUAAUCCUGAUAUUGAUUGUGCUUUCUUUACAAAAAGUUGUGCAGUGUAUUGGAGCAUAUCUGCUAUGUUUGACUUUGUUGCUUGAA